UAACAGGACGUAAUGUCUGGACAGAAGCGACCCUGUGACCCCAGUAACGCUGCCCAAAUGGGUGCUCCCCCAGAGAAACGCAGAGAGAGGGAGGGUGGAGAGGAAGGAGAAGGGGUUAGCACAGCGGCAGGAGGAAGCACCGCCGUGGAAACGGUCAUCAAACUAGGAGGCGUUUCCAACUCGGAGGAGCAAGAUGUCAAAGCUCUGCAGAUGAAAAACAGGAAGUUGGGUGAAGCCUUGGACCAAAGACAGGUCAUUGAGGAUGAACUGAGGGAGAGAGUGGAGCGGCUGGAGACUCGUCAAGCCACUGACGAUGCCAGUUUGUUGAUCCUCAACCGAUACUGGAACCAGUUUGAUGAAAAUGUUCGAUUGAUUGCUCGGCGUUAUGACCAAUCGGGAAGUGAACCUGUGGACAGCCAGCCUGGAGAAGGGCGGAGCUUAAAGCCAGAUACUCCAGAACCUGAUGGAGACUCUAACCAGGAGAGAGCAAAAGAUAGAGGCCAGCAGGGGGAGACAGCUAGCUCUUUCCUUGCAACCUUGGCCAGCAGUAGCAGUGAGGAGAUGGAGGCUGAGCUUCAGGAGAGGGUGGAGUCAAGCUGUAAACAGGCUUCUCGCGUGGUUGAAAUCUACGAGAGUCUAAAAAGCACAGUGGACCAACUGAAGAAGGAUCUGGAUUCUGGUGCAGAGAGCAGUCUCUGGGAUGUUGCCGAACAACUCAACACCCUCCUAACCAAUGAGAAUGAGCGCCUGCGUCAUCUGACUGAUGAUCUCCAACAGAAACACAGUCACAUGACCAGUGAGUCGCGUUCUCUGGGCCGUGCAGUAGCUCGUGCAGACAGCAGGAUCAGUGAACUGCAGGUGAAGAUUGAGGAUCUGCAGUGGGACAUGGAGAAGAUCAGUCGCCGAGAAAACCGACUCAACACACACCUCGUAGAUGUGCUGGAGAGGGUAAACAGUAAAGGCUAUAAGGUGUGUGGGGAGGCCAGUAGCGUGUGUGGCACCAUCACCAUAAACAAGAGGAAGUUUGAAGAGAUGAAUAGUGAGUUGGAGGAGAACAAGGAGUUAGCUGAGAACCGUCUAAGUGAAUUACAGAAACUCCAACAGGACCUGCAGAACGUCAACCAAGAGAACAAUAAUAUGAGGAUGGAGUUGUUGAGCAGGGCGGAGGAAGUUGUGAGAGAGAGCGCUGAGUAUCGAUGUCUUCAGUCUCAGUUCUCUGUGCUCUACAACGAGUCUCUGAUUCUCAAGUCUCAGCUGGACGAGACCAGAGCUCGUCUCAACACCACCCGAACCGCCAGACUACGCCAGCUCGAUCAUAUGGAGAAUGAUGAGGUCUCCUUGCAGCGGAAGGUUCGCACUGAAGUGAUUCAGUUGGAGGAUACACUUGCACAAGUUCGUAAGGAAUAUGAAAUGCUCAGGAUCGAGUUUGAACAAACACUCGCCGCCAACGAACAAGCAGGACCUAUCAAUCGCGAGAUGCGACACUUGAUCAGUACGUUACAGACCCAUAAUCAGCAGAUGAAGGGUGAGGUGGUGAAAUACAAACUUCGUUUGAGAGAGGCUCAGCAAGACCUUAACCAGGUCCGGGCUGCAAAGGGCAGUGCUAACCUCCAAUCACAGUCAAGCACAGAGCUGGACGUGAAGGAAGAGACCGCCUCUCCUCUUACCCCAGCCCCCUCUGGGGAUAUGACAGUAAAGGCAGAGUCAGACAAUGGGUCAGCCACUCCCAGUAGCACAGGCGCCUCAGUAAAGACAGAAUCAGGAGUAGAGACAGAGGGGACAGUGAAAGAAGAGGAAAAGGAGAAAGAGAGGGAGAAGGAGAAAGAAAAGGAGAAAGAGAGGGAGCGAGAAAAAGAAAGAGAGAGGGUAACACGUGGGAGUGUCGGAGUCACAGCAGUGAAGGAGGAGAAGGAGAAACCUGGCACCAGCAGCAGCCAAUCAGAAGAGACGCCUGCUGAACGCUGUGCUGUGAUUGGAGGACCCAAGAGGAAGGAGAUGGAACAGCUGAAAAUAGUCAGAGCCGAACUUAAGAAAGCUCAGGAGUCCCAGCGGGAGAUGAAGCUCUUGUUGGACAUGUAUCGCUCUGCCCCAAAAGAGCAGAGAGACAAAGUUCAACUCAUGGCAGCUGAGAAGAAAACUAAGUCAGAGGCGGAGGAGUUACGCCAGCGCCUGCGGGAACUGGAGGAGAGGGAGAGGAGAGAGGGAAAGAAGAUGGCUGAUGAGGAAGCUCUGAGGAAGAUCAGAUCUGUGGAGGAACAGAUCGACAUACUGAACAAAAAACUGUCCGUCGCCAAGCAGGAGGAGGAUGCAUUGCUGAGUGAAAUGGAUGUGACAGGCCAGGCGUUUGAGGACAUGCAGGAGCAGAACAUCCGUCUGAUGCAGCAGCUCCGUGAGAAAGAUGACGCCAAUUUCAAACUAAUGAGUGAGAGAAUCAAAUCGAACCAGAUCCACAAACUACUCAAAGAGGAAAAAGAAGAACUGGCUGACCAAUUACUCACCCUUAAAACACAGGUGGAUGCUCAGCUGCAGGUUGUAAGGAAGUUGGAGGAGAAAGAGCGCCUCCUACAGAGUACUAUUAGCACUGCAGAGAGAGAGCUGGGCCUUCGUACCCAGGCGUUAGACAUGAACAAACGCAAGACUCAGGAGUCCAUGUUGCUGUCAGAGGAGUUGCGCUCUCAGCUGGAGGCUGUACAACAGAGACUCAGUGCCGUCAGAGAGGAGGUUAUCGAGAACAGCAUCUCCAGAGAGAAGGAGUCCUUCAAUGCCCGCCGCGCACAGGAGGAUAUCUCUAAACUGCGCCGGAAACUCGAGAAAGCCAAGAAACCUAUUGAAAACAUUCGCAACGGAGACGAGAUACUUAAUGCAGAAAUUAGCGAAUAUAAGGCUCGUUUGACGUGUCCGUGCUGUAAUUCUCGUGUGAAGGAUGCUGUGUUGACCAAGUGUUUCCAUGUCUUCUGUUUUGAGUGUGUGAAGACACGUUAUGACACCCGCCAAAGGAAGUGCCCGAAAUGCAACGCUGCCUUUGGCGCCAACGACUUCCACCGCAUCUACAUCGGCUAGGCAGACAAUUCGCCUCACUCACAUCCGGUUUCCUUCUGGUAUCUUCAUCUGAUUCGUGAAACAAUCCACUUCAUCGACAUUACGUGCUUAUCCCAUGGGACAGUAUUGGGGAGCUGAAGGUUUUUGCUUUGAAGGUUUAUUGGUAGAUGAGCUUUUUCCUCAUGGUAGUGACAUCUCAUACUCUAAAUGUCUUCUUCAGUACACUUGCAUAUUCUUUGUCUUUAUUGGCAUACAUCUAUGUUGCUGGAUAGUUGGAAGACCAGAGGUUAGAAAGACUCAAGACUUCCAAGCCCCCACCCCUCCCACCCCCCUCCUCUGGCCUUCCUCCCCCAGGACCCUGCUCAGCCUUGCCAGAAGGGACAGGAUAUCUGUUGGUUCAGCUGGAUGUGUUUUGCUGCUCAGUGUGGUGGAAGCUGGGCACUGCCCAGUUGAUACAUAAGUGAUAAACUGAUCAGAGACUAAUUGAG